AUAAAAAUUUGCGCAAACCGUGUGACUUAGCAAAUAUGAAAGGAGAAAACUCCCCAUAAGGAGUAGCCCACCCGAAUGGCCUAAACCAGUUGCAUAGCUCACAGCCGACCUUUCUCAUCAGCAAUUACUAUAUGAUGUAUAGCGAUAAGAAGAGCUGGGACUAGGAAGAAGAAAAAAAAAAAAAAAAUAGCAGUGUAUAGCGCCCCAGUUGAUAGUGGGGAAAGCCGACCGCCGCUAAAAGGAGUGAAGCACUAGCGGGGCCAGCAGGAGUGGAAGCAGAAGCAGAAGCAGAGGCAGAAGCAGACGUGGAGCAGCAGCAGACGUGGCAGUACCAGCAUACGUGGAGGCAGCAGCAGGGGAGCUCACCCGGCACCCAAACCACCAGCAGCCCUGGUGACACGAACCAAACCAAGAAAAGCAAAAACACGCGGAAGGCAACAAUUGAUGUUCCGGAAGCGCAUCAUCAUACACCUUUAUCCCAGCAGUAAAUAUCGAAAAUGAUUUUUAGGUGAGCGUCAUUUGGAAAAAAAAAUGAGAAUAAAUUUCUUCAAAGAAAAAAACAAGAUUAAAUUGAAUAAGAAUUUAGACCUAGACUCAGACAAUGCUUUUUCUAAUGCCAACCCGGAAUCGAAUAACUACCUGACGGCCAACAGUGACAAUGAAUAUGACCACUACGGGUUCGAGAAGAACAAAGAAUACCCAGCCGAAUCUACUACAGAUAAACGGGCACUAGAGAAGCACAAGAAAAAAAUUGAAAAGAGGUGGCAGUUAUACUUUACCUUCAAAAGGGACAUAAAAAAAAGUUACUACCUGAAAACGCUAAUUAGAAAGGGCAUUCCGGACAAGCUCAGACCGGACAUAUGGCCGUACCUGUUAGAUAGCAUGGUGCUGUACCUGAAGUAUCCCACCAUAUAUGAAAAAUGCCUGAACAGUGAACUCGAGGCAAAAGUUCUCAGUCAAAUUGAGUUGGACAUAAUCCGAACCUUCCCACAUAACAAAAACUACCGGAUGAACUCCCCCGGGUUAAUUCAGCUGAGGAACGUCCUGCACGCCUUUGCUGUUUAUAAGCCAAAAAUAAAUUACUGCCAGAGCAUGAAUUUCAUCGCCGCCAUCGCGCUAAUAUUUUUGAAAGAAGAAUUAGCCUUUUGGUCAAUCGUCCAGCUAAUCGAUUCGGAUUAUUCCCACGAAAAAAUUAACAUCAGCGAUUACUAUAACAACGAAAUGAGGGGGCUCCGCAGGGACAUUAUCGUCAUAGAAGAAUUGAUACGAACGAAGUUGCCGGAUGUGCACUUGCGUUUAAAAGAAUUCGACGUUGACCUUUCCUGGAUUUGUUCCGAGUGGCUGUUGUGCUUAUUUUGCACGGCCUUUCCGAUCACCACGACGCUACGCAUAUGGGACUGCCUCUUCUACGAAGGAGACAAAAUUAUCUUCAGAAUCACCUUGGCCUUGUUUAAAAUGAAUCAGGAGAAAUUAAUUGAAUUAAAUUCAUUAGAGUCCAUCCUAUUAUUAUUUAAGGAGACAACCAAAAAUAUGGUCGAAUGCGACAAACUGAUGUACAUCGCUUUCAACGAAAUAGGUGUGCUGAAAAAAAAAAACAUAAAAAAGUUGAGGGCGAAAGCUGAAGGCAUCAUAAAAAGUGGCGUAACAUAA